GGAAUCCACUAUUGUGAUUGACUUGACAAUCAAGAAGCAACAUUGCAUAUAUUCGAGUUUUGUUUACCGCUCCGCAGUUUGUCUCAAAGAAGAAGUAAAAUAAUUUGCAAAUUUCAGUUUUAGUUUAUAACUUUGACAAAAUAAAUCCUUUUGACCAUGGUCGAACGCAUUGAAGACUUGAAUUUACCAAAUGCCGUUGUGGGACGCUUAAUCAAAGACGCUUUGCCCGAAGGCGCGAAUGUGAGUAAGGAAGCGCGUGCCGCCAUAGCGCGAGCGGCUUCCGUGUUUGUAAUCUUUCUGACAUCCUCUUCAACAACGCUGGCGCGUAAACAGAAUCACAAAACUAUAACAGCAGCAAAUAUAUUGGAUGCACUGAAGCAAUUGGAGUUUGAAAGCUUCGUGGAUCCACUGACAACCGAUUUGGAGGCUUACCGCAAAGCUGUAAAGGACAAAAAGGAUAAAGCAAAAUCGAGCAGCGCAACAGCUGCGACCAACAAUAAUGUCAACGAUGAGGAAAUGGAGACGGAGAAGACGACGUAGAUGUUGAAAAUCACGUAGAUGUUAUUUUUAACUGUAUUUGUUUUUUGCCCAAAUAAAUAUACGAACAUGUUUUAAAUAUUA